GCGUCAGUAAGUGCUGCAAACCUUGCUUCCGCACUUAAAGGAACAUAACGAUAUAGCUAUUUACAUCGGUAUAAAGUGCCAUUUUUCCUCAGCUCUACAACCAAGCUGUAAUUUCAUUAAUACGUAAUUUAUUAAUUUGGCUGUUAUCCUUUUUUUAAACUGUUGACAGCGUCCGUACUAGCCAAACAUUGACGGCACAUCUGUCAGAUGUAUCUUACGCCUGCACCUGAGUCUCACCGUCGAUAAGCGCUAUUCUAAGAGGUCGGGUCGCGGAAGUGCGGGGCCAUUCCCAGAACUAAGAAUAGGGUUCUAGGCCAGGCAGGGGGCUGAAAAGCUGGUUAAAUCAUUUAAAAAAUAUGUAUUUUUAGAAAGAUGAAUUGUUGAUGCUCAUUCGUGAGUAGUCGGAUUGUCGAUCGGUACUAAGUCGUUCACACGCAAGCGACCGGCUUCAUAUUUCAAUUAGCUCACAGUCAUAUUCCCAAGAACGAGUGUUUUAUUCAAAAGCGGACCGACGCUUCCGUACAGCUGCCUGACACUGAAUGACAGCGAAGCCUGAAAGAGGCGUUGUCUCGCAGACGGCCUGUAGGGGGCAGCAGUGAGCCCCAGGGUGCGCUCUGCUGCUAUGGCACACAGCGCCAGGAGAGAUGCCCCCGAGCUCCCAGAUUUCUCUCUUCUCAAGAGACUGGCCAGGGACCAGCUCAUCUAUCUGCUGGAACAGCUGCCAGGGAAGAAGGACCUGUUCAUUGAGGCUGAUUUGAUGAGUCCCCUGGACCGGAUUGCCAAUGUCACAAUGCUCAAGCAACAUGAUGUAGACAAGCUUUACAAAGUGGAGAACACGCCUAUUUUCAGCACCUGUGAUCAGAUAUGCUUUCUGAUACGACCCCGAAUACAAACUGUGAAGUGGAUUGCUGACACAGUCAAUGCAGACAAAGCAGCAGGAAAAUUCAGGAAAUACAAGAUCAUCUUUACCCCCCAGAAGUUCUAUGCCUGUGAAACAGUUUUGGAGGAGCAGGGAAUCUAUGGUGAUGUGAGCACUGAUGAAUGGGCUUUCUACCUACUACCACUUGAUGAUGACAUCAUCAGUCUGGAACUUCCAGAGUUCUUCAGAGACAACUUCUUGGAGGGAGACCAGCGCUGGGUGACAACAGGUGGCAGUGCACUACACCUCCUGCAUUCUCUCUUUGGUCCUUUCUCGAAGGUUUAUGGCAUAGGUCGCUGUGCCAAGAUGGUGUAUGAGUCUUGGAGGGAGCAGGUGGAAGAAAGUGAGCAGAAAGCUCAGAAGUCUGAAAUUGGGAAUGUCUUUCUCAUUGAUCGAGAUGUAGAUUUUGUGACUCCUCUCUGCUCUCAAGUUGUUUAUGAAGGACUUGUGGAUGAUAUUUUCAGAAUUAAAUGUGGGUGUGUGGAGUUUGGUCCUGAUGUCACCACCGCUGACAAAAGUAUGAAGGUGAUGUUGAACUCUCAGGACAAGGUGUUUAGUGAGAUCAGAAACGAGCAUUUCUCAAAUGUCUUCGGCUUUCUCAGUCAGAAGGCACGAAACCUGCAGACUGCAUAUGAUAAGCGGCGUGGAAUGGACAUAAAACAGAUGAGAACAUUUGUUUCAGAGGAACUUAAAGGAUUGAAACAAGAGCAUCGCUUGCUGAGUCUGCAUAUUGGAGCAAGUGAAUCAAUGAUGAAGAAGAAAACCAAGCAAGACUUUCAAGAACUGCUGAAGACUGAGCACUCGUUGUUGGAAGGUUUUGAUAUACGGGAGUGCAUUACCUACAUAGAAGAACACAUCAAUAGACAGGUGUCUAUGAUUGACAGUUUGAGGCUUCUCUGCUUGCUGUCCCUCACUGAAAAUGGACUACUUCCUAAGGAUUAUCGAUCACUGAAGACUCAGUACCUGCAAAGUUAUGGCAUAGAACAUCUCUUAACGUUUGCUAACCUGAGGCAGCUGGGGCUGCUGGUGGAACAGCAGCCAGGAGAUGCCCUUACUGCCAUGGAGAGCAAAGUGGGCAAACUGGUCAAUGACAAGACUGCAGAAAAGCUGACCGGUGCUUUCUCCUCUCUGGCUAAGAAAAGUAAUUUCCGAGCCCUGAGUAAGAAGCUUGCUCUGGUACCAAAAACAGGGGAGGAGUACGACCUGCGUGUCCCAAGGGAUAUGGCGUAUGUCUUUAGUGGUGCCUAUAUUCCCCUGAGCUGCAAACUCAUAGAGCAGGUUUUGGAGCGUGACGGUUGGACAGGUCUUGAGGAAGUUACACGCAUGCUAAAUGGAAAUGAGUUUGUUGUGACAGCUAGCCACAGUGGAGCUGAUGCUAGGUUCAAGACAGAUUCUCAACGCAUCAUCCUUGUCAUGUUCCUUGGUGGCUGCAGUUAUUCUGAAAUUUCAGCACUACGUUUUCUAGGCAGAGAAAAGGGGUACAAAUUCAUUGUGUUGACGACAGCUAUUAUAAACAGUGCAAGACUUAUGGAGGCUAUGUUGGACAACCAUGUAUAAAAUCAGAUGUCGUCUUGUCAUUGUUGUGAGAAGCUCAAAAGAAAGCUCUUGCAUAGGACGUUUCACACGGUAACUGUUGGAAAAAAGCUCAAUUGUGCCAAAUUUGGCCCAGUGCUGAGAGGAUGUUCAGUACAUUAUCAAAUGUACUCAAAUAAUGAACCAGAGAAUAUGCCCUGGCACAUAAAGAGAAUAUUAACUAAUGCAUUCCAGACUAUUG